CAGGCAUUUCCUGCUCAGGUUGCUGGGAUAGCUUUCACUUUAGAUAGUGGCAGAACCAAGAGAGGGGCUGGCGUUCGUGGCUGGGAGGGCUCAGUGGACCUCGGGGCAAAGGCUCUGCAGAGGCUGCUGCAGCUGUGCCCACUCUGCUGCAAUGGUCUUCUAGGAGCCCAUGGUAUCCUCAGAGUAGGAGCCCUGAGCCCAGCAGUUGACCUGGAAGUGGACUCAGUGACUCUGAGGGCAGGUGGCACCUUGGAGAGUAGAUAUCCUGGCUUCUGGGGUCUCUGUGGCUCUGAAGUUUCUGGAUGUGAUGCGUUUAGAGAUCCUGCAGGAAGUUACAGCCGUUCACAUUGGAGACAAACAGGAGCAGGUCCAGCUGUCUCCUCCCCUUCCCAUCUCCUAGCUCUGAGGAUAUGGAACAUGGCUACCGCCCCACUCUGCUAUGCAGUCUCCCCUCACUGCUUUUCCUUGUGCAGCUGUCCACAUGGGGCUCUGCAGAUGAAUUCCUGGUAACUGGUCCAACCGACCCGAUAGUGGCAGUGUUGGGUGGUGAUGCCACUCUGCCCUGCUCCCUGUCACCAGCCAUGAAUGCAGAGGACAUGGAGCUGCGGUGGUUCCGUUCCAAGUUCUCGGAAGCAGUGCUCGUCUAUCAGAACGGCCAGGAGCAGAAUGAGGAGCUGAUGCCCCAGUAUGCAGGGCGGACCUCACUGGUGAGGGAUUUCCUUUCCCUGGGGCAGGCUGCUGUGCGCAUCAGGAACAUCCAGGUUUCAGACAAUGGGAAGUACACCUGCUUUUUCCAGAAGGGAGAUUACUAUGAAGAAGACAUUUUAGAACUGAAGGUGGCAGGCCUGGGCUCUGCCCCACAAGUGCACAUUGAAGGACCAGAGAAGGAUGGAGUUCGUGUGGUUUGCAAGGUUUCAGGCUGGUUCCCAAAGCCACAGGUGCAGUGGAGAGACGUCCGCGGAGAGAAGUUCCUGGAGUUCUUUGAGGUCCACACCCAAGAUGCAGCAGGGCUGUUCAGCGUGGAGGCUGCUGUGGUGGUGAGAGACCGCUCUGCAGGGGAUGUGACCUGUUCCAUCCUCAAUCCCAUCCUGGGCCAGGAGAAGGUCAUGGCCAUCCCAAUCCCAGAGCCCUUCUUUCCUCAGGCCUCUCCUUGGAAGGCAGCUUUUGCUGUGAGCCUGACUGUGCUGGUGCUGCUACUGGGUGUGGCUGGCUUUGUCACCAAGAGAGAACACUUUGCAAAGGUGUGGGAGAGGCAGAGACAGAAGGAUCUGAAACGGGCUAAGGAGGAAGACCAGCAGGCAAAGGAGGAGGCUCUGAAGUCCAAAGAUGAGCUCCAGGCAGAAUUCGAUAGGAGGAAGGCAGCGUACCAGGCUGCCUGGAGGAAGGCGCAGCUGUAUGCUGAUUGGCGGAAGGAAGAGUUCCAGGCUUGGUCUGUCACUCUGGAUCCAGACACUGCCCAUGCUGACCUUGCCAUCUCUGCUAAAGGAACCAGUGUGACCUGGAGGGCUUCCUGUGUGAACCCAGAUGUCCGCUGCAGUGUGUUGGGUUUUAAGAGCAUCACAUCAGGAAGAUGUUACUGGGAGAUAGAGAUCAGGGAUGAAAUGGGUAGCGAGUGGACUCUGGGGGUCUGUAGGGAGAAUGUGAUAAGGGCAGGGCCAUAUAAAGAAUCCCCAGAGAAGGGGUUCUGGGUUAUAGGGAGAUUUAUAGAUAAAUACUUUGCCUUCACCAUGGAAAACACAGCUCUAUCCCCUAGGCAGAAUCCCUGCAGAGUGGGAGUCUUCCUGGACUAUGAUAGACGGGACAUCUCCUUCUAUAAUAUGAUUGAUGGGUCCCACAUGUUCUCAUUCUCCCCAGCAUCCUUCUCUGAACCCCUCUUUCCAUAUUUCAGUAUAAAGUCAGGAGCUGUAACCCUGAGCUCCCCAGUGGGUGGGUCUGACAGGCGCCCUGUGACGCUGAGUGGUUCUCCUUCUUUGGAAGAGGCUGGGAAGCCCCCAGGAGCGGGACUCAACCCUGGCUCUGGUACUGUGGGUGCUCUCCCAGGGGCUGAGUCUCCAUUACUUCCCUGCCCCCCAUAGGGCCCCUCCCUCCCUUAUUCCUCAUAUGACCUUUCUGGUGCAGCUGACUCGUUGUGACUAAAGCCUCUGUGGAUUGUCCUGGAUGUCCCAGUAGCCUUUAAAAUAAAUAAUCACAUCUGUU